AAUGACCUUUUACCUUGUUUGACCUCAUUACCAGCAGGAUCUCAACUGCACAGGUGUUGGCAUUCGAAGGUAUCUCUUGCGGUUCUUGUUCAAAACUCAAGAUGGGAGAAGAAAAGUUGACAGAAGAAGAGAAGAAGAUGAGCAUGGAUGAAAGGCUUGACAAGAUCAACAAUGAAAUUUAUUUGUUGUAUAAAAUGUGUUUAGAUAAUGGGUACAAGCCCAAAGAAAUAGAGCAGUUUGCCCAGCCCAUUCUUAGCAGUGUGACAGAGGCUAGGAGAAGACGGUACAUGAAGCGGAUGUUAUUUGGAGCUGUUGUUUUAGCUCUGAUAGCAUGUUUCAUAUACUACGAACCGGUGUAUCGUGGUAUUCAGUUCUACUUUAGGGUUGGACUAAUGAAUCUUCUUCCCUACUGGAACUGGAGUAAGCUGUACAACAGAGAGUGCCUGGUAGACAACCCAUUCUAUGAAGGUGAUAAGUUGACUGAAGAAGAUUGCAAGCUGUGUGCAAAUCUGACUGAUAUCCCUCGUCUUCAAAAUGUCAGUGAAGCAGACAUGGCAGACAAGUACAUUACUCCAGAGGUCCCAGUGAUUAUAACAGAUGCUAUGGAGAACUGGCCUGCUAGAGACUUGUUUUCUUUAGAGUGGCUGAUAGAACAAUACGAAAAUGUACCUCAGCUGAAGAAAGGGCGAUAUUGUGACUAUUAUAGCAAUUACAAGUUGAAAUUAGGAUCUGUGAAAAUUUUUCUGAAGGCUAUAGCAACUGGGAAGCUCAAAAAGUUCUAUGCUAGAUGGGAAAACUGUGACAAGGCCACAGCCAAAGUAUUUCGUGAGUACUACAACAACAGACCAUAUUUUCUGCCUCCCAUGGUGGAGCAAGCAGACAGCAAUAUGUUUGUCAUUUCCUCAAAUUACACACAAGGAAAAUACAAGCCUAUUUAUACUGAUAGUUCCUUGAUUUGGUAUGCACAGAUUAAAGGAGCUGCAGAGAUCAGAAUUAAAGCAUACAGUCCAUGUAAUGCCACGUGCCCUGAACUAAAAACAACUCUUCAUCCUGGGGAAAUCUUGGUCGUGUCACAGAUGCUAUGGAUGCUGGAUGUAAUGGUGAAUGACCCCGGUGAAAGUAUUGCCAUUGCUGCUGGGGGGAAAUAUGAUACUGUCCCCGCUACAUAGUAAUUAUGCCUUCUACCACUGAUGGCUGUUAUGUUGACCUAUAUUAUUACAUUUUUUUUUGGACAACAUGUGGACCCAGUGGAUCCAGAUAAUGUUCUUCCUGAGGUGAUUUUAUAAAAUGAGAUGGUAUACACUUCCUGAUAAUCAUUGAUGGAAGUCUGAUGGAGUCUGAUGAUUUUGAUGCUGUGCUGUACCUGAACUGCAAUAGUCAAUUUUUGUUUUUGGCCAUUGCUUGACUUAUUGUCAUUAUAUUAGUGAAAAGUUUGUAUUACUUUUACGCCUAUCAGUUGGGAUAAACGUAUAAUACUAAAGAAGAAAAUGGCAUAAUCAAAUAUUGUUUAACUUUUAAAAAGAUUUGCUUUAGUUGUCAUUUGAUACCAAAAUUUUUAAAAAUUUUGUUAAAGUAAUUAUGGAACUGAUUAAAGAAUGAAAAUGAUUGUGAUAAGAAUAUAUCAAGUAUUACUCCUAAUUUCCCAUUAAGAAUCUCCACUUAUAUUUUGCAGCAUGCAAUUUUCUGGAAUGCUUACAGUGUAGUGAUAUUAACGUUAGACCUAACUUUAUUUGUUAUUCAGGCACUAGUUUUAGAAUUAUUCUUUUUAUUUUCAAAUAUCUGUGACUUUAGGGAGAUAGAUUUGUAUUCAGACAACUUUUUUUAUUCAGAUACUGUUAAGAUUUUUUUUGUUAAAUGUUACUGUCCUGUUUUCUUUCUUAAUUCAAACUCCACUGUUUUUAACGUUUUAGUUUUACAAUUAAGGUGAAAAAAGGGAUUUUUGAUUAUUACUAUAACAUUUUAUUCAGCUUAUUAAGAGAAUCUCGGCCUCAAAAUCAGAGACAAAUUUCAUUUGUUUUGAAAUAUAAUAAUGAAAAAAAUAAAUAAAUAAAUGACAGCAGAACAAUGCCAGUUACUAUGUAAACUGAAGAUCAGUUGUUAAAAAAAUGUUUAUUUGCAAGUAAAAUAGAUAUCGAUAUUAAACAAUAAUAUAGAGAAUUAAAUUCACUAAAUGAGUAAUUAAUAAAGUCUUUAAUUAAAAUUGUAAAGAUGAAAUAAAACAUUUGGUACUUAUAGGAUAUUUAAAAAUACAUUGAUUCCUUUUUUAAAAAACACACUAAAGCUCUGGGCAGUUUUUAAAAUUAGUCAGUGCCCAAGGUAUGAAUGUCUUUGAAAACAGUAUAUUGUAUGAAUAAAGGAUCAUAUUAAAAGCAA